AGGCACACGCUGGCACAGCCUCCCUUGGCCUCUGCUUCCCAGGAAGACGGCGCACUCACGACUCUGGAUUCUCUCUGGUGUCCCUGUUUCCUCCCAGGGAUGGGCCUCACAGCGGCCACCAGCUUUAACACAGGGCUGGCGCUGCUCCAGGUGCAGGAGGGAGGAUAAGGCAGGGCCGUGAGGUGGGCUCACCCGCACCUGUCCUAUGGGUCUCUCCCAACACCUCCGGGCGAGUGUCUCGUCUGCCUGGCUGGUGCCGCCUGCGCUGCUUUGAGAAUGAGCGGCGAUGUUCUCUAGCCUCCCCUAGCAGCGCCCGGCUCUAUCUGCAUUCACGGUGGCCGACUGGAACUUGGACUUUCUCUGUGAUAAACAGACGGCACCGGCGGACAGCUAUGACUGUCCAGAAACUCGUGGCCACAGCUGUGCUGGCCGCCCUCGUCUCUCUCAUCCUCAACAACGCAGCAGCCUUCACCCCAAACUGGGUGUACCAGACGCUGGAGGAUGGGCGCAAGCGGAGCGUGGGGCUCUGGAGGUCCUGCUGGCUGGUGGACAAGGGCCGGGGAGGGCCGGGCCCCGGGGCCAGGGCCGGGCAGGCAGAUGCUCGGGACUGCGAGGCGCUGGGCUGGGGCUCCGAGUCGGCGGGCUUCCAGGAGUCUCGAGGCACGGUCAAACUACAGUUUGACAUGAUGCGCGCCUGCAACCUGGUGGCAACGGCGGCACUUGCAGCGGGCCAGAUCACCUUCGUGCUGGGGCUGACGGGCCUGCCCCUGCUGUCGUCCGACUCCCAGUGCUGGGAGGAGGCCAUGGCCGCUGCAUUCCAGCUGGCGAGUUUUGUCCUGGUCAUUGGGCUGGUGACUUUCUACAGAAUUGGCCCGUACACCAACCUGUCCUGGUCUUGCUAUCUGAACAUUGGUGCUUGCCUGCUGGCCACCCUGGCAGCCGCCAUGCUCAUCUGGAACAUUCUGCACAGGAGAGAAGACUGCAUGGCACCCCGGGUGAUUGUCAUCAGCCGCUCCCUGACGGCGCGGUUCCGCCGUGGGCUAGACAACGACUACGUGGAGUCACCAUGCUGAGAGUCGUUCUUCUCAGGACUUCAUCUAUGACUACCCACUAUAACAGGACAGUUUAGAAGCCAAGGGACUCUACCAAGUCACUGUCACUGCAUGUGCAGAGACGUGUGAUGAGUCUGGGUCACCCACGUAUACAUACGUACGAUACACAUGUACAUUCGCUAUGUUAUGUAUAAAUACAGUAUACUCUAUGUAUCAGGUGCCACCCUAUUUCUGACAUACCUGUCCUCGGUCAGCGCAACGUGGCUUCAUAUGCAUGCAUGUGUCGAGGGUGGGGACUGGAGUCUAGGCACAGGGAGGCGGUGGCAUAGCUGCCUGCUCUAAACCUUGGUCUGGCAUUAACUUAUUCUGCACCUGCUGAAAGCAGCACCCCUGGGCAUAUUUUACUUCGGUAAAGCAGGACACCCAGGAAGAUUUUCUUGAAACGUCUGUGAUAUUCCUUGAAUGAAUCAGAUUUAUAACUAGAUAGUAAUGGUUAUGGCAGAAUCAUGCUGGUAGUGUACGUUUUGCUCCUGAUUAUUUUUCUACAUUAAAAUAAAUUCAAACCUCUUAAA